GGCUCUAACAUGUGUCUGACUGCAGGGAGCCCAUGUGACCAUAAACGCCCGGGGAGAGGAUGACGUAGAACCGGAGGCCAUCUUGGAGAAAGUGUCCAAAGCGUCCGGAGCCAGCUUUAACUUCCAGAGACAGACAGACACACCGUACAGGGACGCUCCCAGGGGACCCGUGGGAUCCGUGUAUCGUAAAACCAACGCCGUGGCGGAGAUCCUACAAACCCAAAAGGACGACUUCUGGGUCCAGACUCAGAGGGAAGAGGACGUCCGUCUGCGGGAGGAGAACGAGCGGGUGGAGCUGGAGAGAGAGAGGGUGGAGAAGGAGAGGAAGGAGAUGGAGGAGAAGCAGGCGAGGGAACGGGACCGGAGAACGAAAGAGAGAGCUCAGCAGAUCGAGAAGGAGAAAGUUCUCCAGCAGCAGAGAGAAGAAGAAGAGCGAGAGCGAGAGCAGCAGCGACAGAAGCAGCAGGAAACAGGAAACAGGAAGUCGGGCAUCAACUCUGCUGCGUCUGUGCAGAAAGCAAAUGAGGCCAAGUCGCUGAUUUCCCAGAGGUCCUUUAACCCCAGAGACAUAUUCAAGCAGAGGGAGCAGAGCUUUGAGUCCAACGACAGGACGUCCAACGAGAGGACGUCCAACGAGAGGACGUCCAACGACAGCCCGUCCCCUGCAGCGACCACAACUGGGAAGCUGCAGAGUCCGUUUCUCUCUCAGAGAUCCCUCGAGGGAGAAACUCCGCUGCAGCCUCGGCUUCCACCGGCUGGGGUCCCGGCCUACACCAUGCACCGCCUGUCUCCUGUCUCACCUGUCUCACCUGUCUCACCUGGGCCGUCUCACUCAUGGGCUCCGGCUGUGGUCCCGGACUACUCCGUGCACCGCCUGUCUCCUGUCUCACCUGUCUCACCUGUCUCACCUGGGCCGGCUGGGGUCCCUGCAGUGGAUGACACCGAGAUCACCUUUGACCCCGAUGACAUCAUCACGGACAUCGACAUGCUGGACGAGGGCUGGUGGCGAGGGUACGGCCCGGGCGGGGACUACGGCAUGUUCCCCGCCAACUACGUGGAGCUGCUCUAG